CAGGGACGUGUCGUCCUUCCCGCAGCCCUGCGAGACCUGAAGCCUCAAGACUUGGCAGUGCUUGUCGUGGCUGGCGGACAGAGACCCCGGAUGUUGGAGAGGUGUUUGCAAGCUUUGUCAAAGGCUUAUGGCUACAACAAGAACAUGGUCAUGGUAUCGCAGGAUGGCGAUGGGACUCAAACAAAAAUCAUGGCGCAGAAGUUUCACGUGGGCUGGAGGCAAGUUGACACAGGCGUGAAGUCGGCGGGGGAAAAGGAGGCGCUGCACUACAAGAUGGCGUUGCAACAUGCCAUCGAAGGUCCCAUUAAGGACAAGAGCGUGUUGAUCAUCUUGGAAGAAGACAUGGUAGUUUCGUUUGACAUCUUGCUGUACUUCGCACAGUUUCAGGAGAUCCUGAAAUGGGACGACAUCUUUUCGGUCAGUGCCUGGAACGAGAACGCCAUCGCUCCCUUCAGCGCCAACGCGCAACGUUUGCUGCGAGUGGAUUCCUUUUCGGGUGCCGUAUGGAUGGUGUCCACCGAAGUCAUGCGCCAGCUGCUUCCAGCCUGGCCGCGGAAUUUCUGGCAGAAACAUCUCAGAAAGGUGACUGCUGGGAAACAGAAUAUCAUCCCGGAGCUCCCACGCGUGCGUCUGGAGCGAACGAACCUUCAGAGUGCUUCCAUCUUUGUCAGCUCAGCAAGAGAUUUGAAUCAUGCGGAUUUGGGAGACCUUCGUCGACUUGCUGCAGAGGUCUAUUUGGAACGCCUCAUCACCGAUCUGCGGGAAGCCACUUUGGUGGAAGAGCUGAAAAACCUGCCUUCGCCGAUCAAGAUGAGGGAUUCCACGUUGGAGUUGAACUGGCGUGUUCAUUACCAAAGUUCGCAGCCAGACAACGAUGGGACCUGGAAUUUCCUGGCGCGGUAUCUUCAACUUCCGGAAACAGGACAAGGUCCUUUGUUGGAGGGUGUCAGCAAGCUGGUGUGGGGACGAGGCUUCUUGUUUCUGGUGGCCUCCUCCUCCCGUCUCAUCGUCAAGGCGCGACUGCGGCCUUUGCCUGCGGAACCCGUAGCACCGGAGGCGUUUCAAGAAGCGGCGCCAGCCGACAGGACAGGCCAGUCCUGCAGCGAUUUCUGCACUUCCAGGGGUGGAUUCUGCGCGGCCUCAGACCUCUUGUUUGCCAACAGCUGCGAGGCCAUGCGAACGGUCCUCUUUUGCGAACGUUGUGAGCGCAACAUGGGCUCGGACCAACCUGCCGUGGCCAGUUCCAGAAGCAGCCGAUCCUAUGGCGCAUGUCUGUACAAUGGUGACAUCCUACACCAUCCCAUCACUUGCGAAGCGGCGCAUCGUGAAACGCGGCGCUUGUGCGUCUGUCGAGAUGUCGCAGGUGUACUUUCAACCACGAAGACCCCUGAGCCUUCAGAAAGUACCUCGAAAUCUUCCAAGCAGUCGCAUCUCGAGACUCCAGAGCCCACUACAGAAAGCAGUUCCACUCUUGCAGCGGAAGCUGCUGAAACCACUCUGAAGCAAUCGAAGGAGCCCACUACAGAAAGCAGCUCCACCCUUGCCGCAGAAGCUGCUGAAACCACUCUGAAGCAAUCAAAGGAGCCCACUACAGAAAGCAGCUCCACCCUUGCCGCAGAAGCUGCUGAAACCACUCUGAAGCAAUCAAAGGAGAAGUCGAGCUCGGACAUGGUGAGCGCCGACGUCGAUGCAGCGAGCUUCGCAAGGACAAAGGCUGUCGACAGAAAUCAGACUUUGGGAAGAUCUGCAGCCGUCAAUCGAUCGCGACCAAGCUGAGCGCGACAGUUUCGGACUGGCUUCGUGACAUCGACCAGUGACACCUGGGAAAAAUGUUGGAGAUCCGUACUCUGGCGGUAAAGAAAGACCACCCGCUCCCAACUCAGGUGAGAACAUGCUGACCACGGUCGCGGACGGAGAGCACAGCGGGGAAUCUGACGACGGGGCGCAGCGUUCGCAGCGUUCGUCGUUCGUGGCCCAGGUGGAAGAUCUGAAGAGACGAAAGAGACUAGCCAGUGAUGAGUUUGAGAAAAA